AUUUACAAACAUUUACAGGAUAAGCAGUGAGUCAUUACAUACAAGAGAGCAACUCUGAACAUGAAAUGUUUAGUAAAACAUGAUUCUUUGAACCAAUUAUUACUUYGCACACAAAAUGCAAAAUAAUUGACAGAUAACAGGGUAAAAAGCCUCAAAAUGUAAUUUAUUGCCAUAAAAAUAGAAAGUAACAUAUCACUAAACAACAUUUUAGUCAAAUGUGAAAGCACGAUGUGUGAAAUUAAUCAGAUUAAAUAAAAAUGUAAUGACCUACUUCAAAAUUGCAGCCUUUAUAAACACAAACAAGGCAUAAGUCAAAUAAUAUCUGAAAAUAAACCACAAACAAAUAUGUCUAAAUAUAUAUGGUAGAUGUGGCCUUUUCCUGGUGCUGCCUAUGAUACAGAUGUAACAUAUUUUGGAAUGAAAAUAAUCCUGAAAUCUCUGUAAAAUACCUGCCUGGUUUCUCAGUGCAACAGAUCUCUCCUUCUCAGCAUUUUGUAGCCUCUCCUUCCCUGAGAAAACCAUMAUCACUACUGCUGGUCUCUGGUUUGAUAUCUCCUCCRUGACUCGUAGCUCUUUCUGUUGUGACAAUAAACAUUUCUUCUGAAUAUGGAAAGCAACAGUGAGCACAACCCUCUGUUGUGAGGGUUSUCCACAGACCAGCMAGAAAGAUGCUGAAUGGAUUCCAAAAAUAUUCUUAARUAAUUACAAAAAAGUCCAAAAAUAAAUCAAAAAUUAUGAAUUGGGCCCAAAGGGUCAGCAUAGCAAACUACAACUCAGGUAGCAACACAAAGAACUCGAGCACAAAAGUGAAYAAACAAGAUAUGAGAGGAACUUARAUAGUGGCUGAUCAGAGCAGUGCUGACACACAAAGGGGUCAUUUAACAUACAAGAACUUAAACAAAAGAARAAACACUAAAGAAAUGGUCAAAUUAAACUAAAGAAAACCAGGUUUCCUCGUCYCCUGGCAAACAAAUGGAACGACCCGCUGAGGAGGUUUGCCAGCCUCAUAAGGACGUCGAUUAGCUGCAGAUCUUCUGAGKGACUCCAGCAGCAGCUCCACAGGAAACUGGUAACUCRGAACAUGAAGAAAUUAAUUUGUUGCCUUUAACCAAAAUAUGAAGAACUGACAGAUAAAGUUAACUAAAUGCACUGCAAAUAAUUAACUAAAGAGUCAGGCUAAUGAAAAUAAUUGUAAAAAUACAAAAUCUAAACUGUUCACUAAUCAAUAUUUAAACUAAUGUUAAGGAUGAACAGAAAACAAUUACCAUUCAGAUCUAGGGACAAUUYUGAAAGUGUGCAUCCAUGAAGAAAAGCUGACAUACAGAAUAAUCAUUUGCAGGCUAAUAAACUUUAAUCCAUCUCUAGUGGACGUGUCUGUCUCAGAUUUUGUCUUCAUGUCUUUCCAUAGAAAUGUUUUCAACUUGGCUCGGACUUGUCAUGCUCCUCCAUAUUCAGGUGUUUCUUGUCUCUGAAACUGGUGAUCUGUAUUUUCAUUUUCGAGACAAUCUGCUGUCAGAUUUGUCAGAUAAGSUCAGAAUUUCCCUGGAUUUGCUGAUCAUGCUGGUUUUGUUCUCUGUGUAUGGAGGCCUCUUAUUUUAUUUCCGAGACAAUCUGAUGUCAGAAAUUCCAACUUGGGCCAGAAUUUUUCUGGUUCUGUGGAUUCUCCUGGUUUUUAGUGUUCAUGUGGGUCUUUUAUUCUUUUUUCGGCAAAAUUUCAUGUUAGUCUACAGGGUGGAGGUGGAUUCAGGAGUGGAAUCUGUUCUGUUGCCAUUUAAAACUUCAAUGCGUCUUCCUAAAGAAGUCCAGGUAACAUGGACAAACAACUCUGGCAGAAUCAUCCACAAGGCUCAGGGGAGCUCAUGUGGUUUCCUAAGGCUGGAAGAACAAGACUGUCAGUAUGCAGACAGAACAGAGAUGGAGAAAACCUUUACAGUMGGAGACGUCAGUUUGAUACUGAAGAAUCCCACAGACAGAGACACAGACACCUACACCUGCACCGUCUCUAAGAAAUCUGGAAAAAUCCUGGUCAAGAAAAAAGUUCUGCUCAACGUCAGAGCUGGAUCCGACUCUCUCAUCAUAUCCAUAGACUUUGGUUCAGGAUUCAGUGGCUACAGCUUCAAUGUUAAACCCAGACAGGAAGGAGGUGAGACCCASAUAAAGAGAUGGAGGAAUGGACUUGGACUAGACACCCCAAAGACUCCAACCUGCAUCCUGUUUGAUGAACAUGAAGAAUUUAUAAAGUUUGGUUAYGAAGCUAAAACAGCAUUUAAYAAUAUGAGAGGAGAAGAAGCURAGAAACAUUAUUUCUUUGAAAACUUCAUUAUUGCUAUCCAGGGCAAAGUAAGUACAAGUUAA